CCUCCACCUCCACCAUCUGCCUCCACCACCUCCUCCACCGUCCGCCUCCACCACCUUCUGGCUCCACCACCUUCUGGCGGCCACCUCUCUGACGCCUACCUGGGGGAGCUCGAGUUAAAUGGCUGAUAAACAGAUCAGCCUGCCAGCCAAGCUCAUCAAUGGCGGCAUCGCUGGGCUGAUCGGGGUCACCUGUGUGUUCCCCAUCGACCUGGCCAAGACCAGGCUGCAGAACCAGCAGAAUGGCCAACGCAUGUACACGAGCAUGUCUGACUGCCUCAUCAAGACCAUCCGCUCGGAGGGCUACUUCGGCAUGUACCGGGGAGCUGCUGUAAACCUGACCCUCGUCACUCCCGAGAAGGCCAUCAAGCUGGCAGCCAAUGACUUCUUCCGACACCAGUUCUCUAAGGAUGGGCAGAAGCUGACCCUGUUUAAGGAGAUGCUGGCCGGCUGCGGGGCGGGCACCUGCCAGGUGAUCGUGACCACACCCAUGGAGAUGCUGAAGAUCCAGCUGCAGGACGCCGGCCGCAUCGCUGCGCAGAAGAAGAUCCUGGCCGCCCAGGCCCAGCUCUCAGCGCAGGGCAGCGCCCAGCCCUCAGUGGAGCCUCCGGCCGCCCCCAGGCCCACGGCCACCCAGCUGACCCGUGACCUGCUGCGAAGCCACGGCAUCGCCGGCCUCUACAAGGGGCUGGGGGCCACACUGCUCAGGGACGUCCCCUUCUCCAUCGUCUACUUCCCCCUCUUCGCCAACCUGAACCAGCUGGGCCGCCCGGCCUCCGAGGAGAAGUCCCCCUUCUACGUGUCCUUCCUGGCCGGCUGUGUGGCUGGCAGUGCAGCCGCCGUGGCCGUCAACCCCUGGGAUGUGGUGAAGACGCGGCUCCAGUCACUUCAGCGCGGCGUCAACGAGGACACCUACUCAGGGUUUCUGGACUGUGCCAGGAAGAUCUUGCAGCACGAGGGCCCUUCGGCCUUCCUGAAGGGGGCCUACUGCCGCGCCCUCGUCAUCGCGCCGCUGUUCGGCAUUGCCCAGGUGGUCUACUUCCUGGGCAUUGCUGAGUCCCUGCUUGGGCUGCUGCAGGGCCCCCAGGCCUGAGACCAGCGCUGCCCCACCUGGCCAGCUGGGCAGGGCCGGAGUGGGGCCAGAGCAGGGCGGCCAGCCGGGGCCGCCGGAAGGAAGAUCUUUUUCCCAGCCUCCCCCACCGCCAGGGAAGCCGGGAGGCGGCGCAGAGUCCACAGGAGUGGUGCACGUGCGGGCUCCCACCGGGUCCUGCCUGCACGACUAUUGGGAUCAACGUCUUAUUUAUGUAGAGAAUGCAGAAGUCUUUACAUUCCUCAAGCCAGCCCCUAUCCCAGCCCUGCCCCGGCCGAAUUCCCCCAGGGCCAGAGCUGGUCUCUGGGCUGGGGGCCCCUGGGCCAGGACCGGGCGGGCGGGCAGGUCCUCCCUCUCUUGAGGCUCUCUGGUCUACAAAGGGGACCCCGCACAAGCUAUUUAUUGAACCUGCCGAGCCCAAGGGGCUCUCAGUCCUUCCAUCCGUCCGUUGGUCCAUCCUCCUGCUGCUCUGCUCGCCUUGGCCAGGACCCAGCUCCACCUCCCCGGCCAGCCUUGCAGGAAGACUGAGGUCCCCUGCGCCUAAUGUUAAGUUAGGAGUCAAUCCUGGGUGGGUCACUCAGUCCCCAGGGCAAGCCCCAUCCCCACUACGGGACCUCUGGGGCCCCUCAGCCCCUCACCAGGCUGGAGCCCAGAUUGUCAAGUCUGCCUGUGUGUGUUGUGGGGAGCGGGUCGUGCCCACCAGCCCUCAGCUGGCCUGGCCCCUCGGGAUGGGGCCGUGGGAGGGCUGCUGCCCUUUCCCAUGUGGCCAGGCACUGUAUGUGUGCACCCCAAGCUCUCUGCUGACCCCGUCCAGAAACUUCCUCUCCAGCCUGGCCCCUCUUGUUGCACCCUCAGCAGACUCCUCCGCGCCUCCCACCCCUGGGCUGGCAUUGGUCAGGGUGAAGGGCAGGCAUGAGGACCAGGACGGAGCCUCAGGGCACCUGCUCUGCCCCCACAGAAGCCCUCCCAGGGCCCCUGACAUAAGGCCCUGACACACUCCGUCAAUGUUGGGCCGAGGCGGGCUCCCCCUGCCCUGUCCCCGCCGUGCCCUGUCGGUGACUGGUCCUGGCGUGCCGGUGCUGUGUCCCCAAUCUGGGCCUUCUCCGCAGAGGCCCCUUCCCAGUGACACUACCCGGGCUCCGGUCUGGGCCCCCAGCUCACGGUUCCUGGGAGCUGCUCCCUCCCACCACGUCUGUACCCUGGAAGCUGCUGCUGCUGCUUACAGAAUUCUAUUUUUUUUUCUUUUGAAGAGUUUUAAAAAGUUGUAACUUUUUGUGUCUUGUCAUGUAAGAGGAUAAAUAAAUAUUCUAAGUAGAC